UACGCAUGCCCAGCGCCGUGUCGCGCAUGCGCUCUCUGAGGCUUCCCUUGACCUCUGACCCGCCGACCACGCUUGAGCCCCGGCCGCGGGGCCAGGAAGUCGGAGUUUGAACCCCCGAGGCAGAGCGGCUGCCAUGGCCAAGUACCUGGCCCAGAUCAUUGUGAUGGGUGUGCAGGUGGUGGGCAGGGCCUUUGCACGGGCCUUGCGGCAGGAGUUUGCAGCCAGCCGGGCCGCAGCUGAUGCCCGAGGACGCGCUGGACACCGGUCUGCAGCCGCUUCCAACCUCUCCGGCCUCAGCCUCCAGGAGGCACAGCAGAUUCUCAAUGUGUCCAAGCUGAGCCCUGAGGAGGUCCAGAAGAACUAUGAACACUUAUUUAAGGUGAAUGACAAAUCCGUGGGUGGCUCCUUCUACCUGCAGUCAAAGGUGGUCCGCGCAAAGGAGCGCCUGGAUGAGGAACUUAAAAUCCAGGCCCAGGAGGACAGAGAAAAAGGGCAGACGCCCCAUACGUGACUGCUCGGCUCCCCCUGCCCACCCCGCCGCCUCUAAUUUAUAGCUUGGUAAUAAAUGUCUUUUCUGCA